AUGCCAAAGGACAAGCAAAGUAGUCCCAGAGGUACUUGGUACUCGUGUCGAGCUCGGGGAUUGACCGGGGCAAGAGAACCACAGGAAGUGGGCAACCCAUCAAACUUCAAGCAGAUCGGGCCAGUGGGGGAUGUUGGACGUGGGGGUGCUUUGGAGAAGUUCACCCAACCCCUCCCCAAGGGACUCUACGUGCCCACCGUAGCCUUCUUCCAUGCCAACGAGGAAAUUGACCUGCCCACCACCCAGCAACACGCCACCUACCUCGCCCGCAGCGGCGUCACCGGCCUCGUCACCCAGGGCAGCAACGGGGAAGCCGUCCACCUCGACCGUGACGAGCGCAAGGCCAUUACCGCCGCGACGCGCCGCGCCGUCGAUGCAGCGGGCUACCCACACAUGCCCAUCAUCGCAGGCUGCGGUGCCGCAUCUACCCGCGAGACUAUCCAGCUCUGCCAGGACUCUGGUGCCGCGGGCGCCGACGCAGUCCUCGUCCUACCACCCAGCUACUACAAGCCCCUGGUCAGUGCCGAGGCCCUGCAUGCGCACUUUGUCGCGGUGGCGGAUGCCUCGCCCGUGCCGGUCCUCAUCUAUAACUUCCCGGGGGCAUCGUCGGGUCUGGAUCUCUCGUCGGACCAGAUCUUGGCUCUGGCCCAGCACCCCAAUAUCAUCGGGUGCAAGCUGACCUGCGGGAAUACGGGGAAACUGGCGCGCGUGGCGGCCGGGUCCAAGGCCGAGUUCCUUACCUUUGGUGGGUCGGUGGAUUUCACGCUGCAGACGCUGAUUGCGGGGGGCGAUGGGAUUAUUGGGGGUACGGCGAAUUUGAUUCCGCGGUCGUGUGUGCGGCUCGUGCAGUUGUAUGAUGGGGGGAAGAUUAGCGAGGCGCAGAAGUUGCAAGCUGUGGUGGCCAGGGCGGACUGGGCGGCGAUUCAUGGCGGGUUCAUUGCGGUGAAGAGUGCGCUGCAGUCGUAUCGUGGGUAUGGCGGAUUGCCGCGUCGGCCGUGUGUGGUGCCGACUGAGGCUGCGGCGGCGGGCAUUCACGAGGAGUUCCGCGAGGGCAUGGAGUUGGAGCGAUCGUUGGAGAAGUCAAGUUGA